GAGAGAGGAUUUCCGGCCGACGGCGAGGCUCCUUUAACCACCGUCAGUCCGGUCAUUUGUUUCAAGUUCCUUUUAAACGCGGGCUUCCGUUUUUAGGGUUAUAGAUCUUAUGGGUUUAGUUUCGGGCACACCUCUCUACAUGGCCAUCCGAUUUUGUCCCGGGAGGUGAUGGCUUUCUCAGCAUCUUCUUCGCCGGUUUCUGUCUCCGGGAGGCGGUGGCUUCUUCAGCACCGUGAUCGCCGGCUUUUCUUUCCGGGAGGCGGUGGCUCCCUCAGCACCGCUAGCGCCGGCUGGUUUCUCGAGUUACCCCACCUCGAUCUACGAAUCUGAGCCUUUCUUGUUACUCUGCCUCUCGUUCUGAAUCUAGUACCGCAUGCAUGAAUGUCGGAGAUGAUGAAUCGAUUGUAGGCGGCUAUUACCCUCUGAUAAAUUCGUAGAUCCGGCUAGUUAUGAUUCGCGGUAUGUGUUGGUUGUAUACGAGUUGCUUUGAAAAGUUGGUUUUGAAUGGUUUCGUCCCAGAUCCGACGACGACGUCGCGGUUAGCCGUCAUAUCGUGGAUUCUGGUGCCGAAGGGAGAAGGAAGCAAGGCUCGCGCUCUGCGCGGAUCGAGCGGCGCCUAGGGUUUCCUGAUGUUGGGCCUUAUAGCCCAUAAAUUUAGCUUUGCUUUUGGCCUUUCGUAUUUGGGCUUUUUGGUUUUGUUCUGUAAUGUUUGGGCUCUGCCCUUUUUGGGUUUUAAUCCCUUAAUGAAAUUCAGUGACGAAAAAAAAAAGAUUAUCCUGAAACCCCACUUAAGGUUUUCUUAAAAAAAGUUUUAUUUUUUAUUUUGUUUUGUCUAAUAAAAAAAAAUUAAAAAAAAAAACUAAUCGCGGGUCGCCACGUGUCGGUUAUUAGUUUGUGGUUUUUGUCAUCGAUUCUUAAGUUUUUGUAGGGGCCCACACAUCAUUUUUUCUCUAAAAACCCAUUUAGAAACUUGCAAUAUCCAUGCGCUCAUUAUCCAUGGUUUUUUAGGACAAAGUUUUUAGGGAAAUAUAAAAAACAGUUUCUUAUAUUUUUCUAAGAACCCCGUCCUAAGAAACCAUGGAUAAGAGCACCAUUAUUGGAGUUUCUUAGUUGGGUUUUUAAGGAAAAUUAGGCAUUUAAUUAAAUGAAAAACAAAUUAAAUUUGUAUAACCGGCUCUUAUUUCAUGCUUUUUGCAACCGAUCAGAAGGGAGUUUCUUAGUACAAGUGUCGGCCAACCAAGGAAUUUUGUUUUUUUUUCUUUUUUUCUCUCCUUUCUCUCCUCUUCUCUCCUUUCUCUCGUGUUCUCCGUCGAGACAACGAAGAUCGCUUUUGUUCGAUCGGCGUCUCCUCCGUUCGAUCGGCGUCUCCUCCGUUCGAUCGAAUCGGCGUCUCCUCCCAUCUCCUCUUUCUUCUAACCGGUUAGAUCCUUCUGAGAUUCACACUUUAUACAAUUGAUUUGGUGCUGAUUAGAUGAUGAGAUUGAACCUGGAUUUGAUUUUUUUAAGGGAGGAGGGACAUGGAGUUUGAUCCAUCUCGACUCAAGUUGAUACUUGUCAACAAGCCUUUACCCAAGUUGCGUUCCAAAGGAAUCCCACGAUACAAAGUUCUUUUUCUGACGAAUCUGAAGGUGGUAUGAGGGACUCCAUUGAUGUAUCUUCUCAUAAUUCAGAUGUAUAUGGCGCAUCAUGUUCUUCAGACGAGUCAAAUGCUCCAACAACCCAUUGGGAGCAGUGGGCGUGAUGAAGUCAUCCGUGUGUUGUGGUCUUCUGUUGUCUUGUGGUGAAGUCACAUGUCACGCUUACUUUGCUGUGUUGAUUGGAACAACUUGUGUUCUUGUAUCACGGAAUUGAGUCACAGGAAAUGGACAUGUUUUUGUUGUUUUCUUGUUGCAUUGUCUUUAAAAUACAAUCUUGUAAUGAAAGUGUAUUCUCAACAAGCCUUUGUUCUUCCUUCUUCCUUCUCGUAUUCUUCCAUUUCUCUAUCAAGUUCAAAAAAUUCAUCUAAAUAAUUUUAAUCUUCUUAACAACUUCUCGUUAUUUCAAUCCUCCGAACAACUCUUGGUUCAAAACACCGAAGUCAUCUUCUUUCUUUAAUCAAAACACUCUUGAGAAUUUUUUUCCACCACACCAAACUCAUAUUCUCUCUUUAAUCACCAUAUAUGACUUAUUUCUUCUCAAAACACUUUUGAGGAAUCGAUCGAUGAUACAUUUGAUCAAUUUUUUUUAAAUCUACGUUUUAAAUGUUAUCUUUUAAUAUAUUUUAUUUAAUAAAUAAUUUUAUUUUAAAAAAAAAUUAUUUUUUAAUAAUUUUAUUUUUUUUAAGAACUCCUAAUUAAGAAACUUCCAAUAAAGCAUAAAAUCUAUGGGUUUCUUAACUAAAUUUUUUAACUAACUUUUAUUCUUAAACUAAUCACUAAGAAACCCAAAUGGGGUUAUAGCAAUAAUCAUGCUCUAAUGAUGCUUAACAUUAUAUAUUUUUUCGUGAUAACCUAUGCGCAUGGUCCAUGUGUAAACUUGAUUAUAUAUAAUAUGGUAUAAGCACCCAUCUGGAAUUGAUUAAGUACUUUAUACAAUAGAGAAGGGAGAACUGUAAGAAUAAAAUUAAAAUCACAACUAUAUGUAAACUAGUAACUUUUUUUUUUUUUUGUUACAGUAUCAAAUGUUGAUAAACAAUAAUAAUCUAUGUGUAGAGAGACACAUGUAAACAACAAAAUAUAUUACUAAUCCUUUCGUGAUGUUGAUAUACAUAUAUAUAAUAUAAUACAGUAGCUAAAAUGUUUUCUGAUUGAAAUAAAUACUUCUUAAAUUUUGAAAUAAUGUAUACUAAUUACCAAAAUGGUGACCAGAACUAGAUAUAUUUCCAGAUAUAUAACAUAUUUUUAUUUUGUCUGGUAUCGCAAAAAAACGAAUGAUAUAGUAACACAGUACUAGUAGAAAUGAAUGUCUUUAGGUGAAUCGAGAACUAUAGCUUUCAUAUUAUAUACUAUGGUGCAUGCAGUACUACACAUAUAUAGCAUAAUAAUGUUUGCUCUUUUUACAUUCGUCACUGAUGCUUGGCUGCUUUUACGGUUGCACCUUUUCUAUCAUCCGAUGCUCUCUCUUUCUGAUGUAUGCUAAAGAUUUAAACUUUAAACUUGAUAAAAAAAAUGCAGAUGAACAUAUCACAGAGUAUGGUUUACUGUCAGAGUGGACAAACAUGGAAACUAACUAGAAGGAAGAGAAGAGGAAGAGAGAUAAUUAAGGAGACCCACAAGGAGUGAAGGCUCUUUGCCCCAUCUCAGCAUGUCAUUUCUGACAACUUUCAACACCCUUCCCACGUGCCUUUUAUUAUAAUCUCCCUAAUUUAUAAUUUCUAUCUAUCAUUCUUCCAUACAUUCGCUAUUUAAUGUUCAUUUACCACUCUUAUAUCACUGUUCAACACAUUUCACAGUUUAUGUUUAUCUACCUUUUUUGGUUUCUUAUGGUAAUCGUUUUGAUCGUGACGUCUCAGUACACGAGAGUAUCAUUGUAAUGUAUUUUGAUAUUAAUGCUAGAACGUAGACAAUGUAAUAGUGGAGUAUAACACAGUAGUCUUUUUAGACAACUAUAUACGUUACUGGGUUAGGCUAAAUACUAUCGCGAUGGGGAAGAAGCGACCUUUCAAGUUUUUCAACUUUCUGACCGAUCAUCCGGAUUUUUUGGAUACAGUUGCUGCGUCUUGGAACUCCACCGAACAGAUCUUCCAUUCCACGUCGGCGCUAUUCAAAUUCCACAAAAAGCUGAAAUAUCUCAAACCCCUACUGCGGCGACUCAAUCAAAACAGAUUCGGUAACAUACCAAAAAGAACUCAAGAUGCUUUUGAUAAACUUUGCGAGAAACAAAAGUCGGCAUUGCAGGACCCUACGGAAACAUCAUUUACGGAGGCUGCAGAUGCCAUGAACGACUGGAACCAUUGGGCAUCGAUAGAAGAAAGUUUUCUGCGUCAGAAAUCAAGAAUCACGUGGCUACAACAGGGCGACCAGAACUCCUUAUUCUUCUUCAAAAUUGUCCAGAGUAGAACAUCCUACAACAUGAUACGACAGCUCACCUUACCUUCUGGCGAGGUAAUCACUGACCUCCACAAGAUCAAGGGAAUUGCGGCAUCACACUUCGAAAAUUUCCUCAACCAAUCCCCACAAACGGCGGCGUUGACAGACUCAGCGCAACUAACUGACCUUUUGGAUUUCAGAUGCCCGAAUCACACAGCACAGCUACUUACUCAUCCUAUAUCUGAAGCUGAGAUUCGCAAUGUAUUGUUCUCCAUGCCUUCUAGCAAGGCUCCGGGGCCAGACGGUUUUCCAGCGGAUUUUUACAGAGCUUCAUGGGAUAUCAUAAAGAAAGACUUCAUCAUUGCAGUACAUUUCUUCUUCAUGUUUGGAUUUCUUCCUCGAGGGGUCAAUGCAACCAUACUAACGCUUAUACCUAAACAUGGGGAUGCAAGGGAGAUAAAAGACUACAGACCAAUAAGUUGCUGCAACAUUUUAUAUAAAGUGAUCUCCAAAAUUCUUGCAAACAGAUUAAAGGUGCUACUACCGGAGCUGAUCGAACCGAAUCAGUGCGCUUUUGUCAAAGGUCGUCUCCUGCUCGAAAAUGUCUUGCUUGCUACGGAACUCGUCAAGAACUAUCACAAGGAAUCAAUACAGCCACGAAGUGUCCUCAAGCUGGAUAUUUCAAAGGCUUUCGACUCUGUAAACUGGAUUUUCAUCACGAGUACACUUCGAGCAUUGGGUAUCCCGGAAAUGUUCAUUCACUGGAUCCACACCUGUCUAUCCACUGCCACAUUCUCUGUUUAUGUUAAUGGUGAACUGGAGGGGUUCUUUGGAAGUGAGUGUGGCUUGCGACAAGGAUGCGCUCUGUCUCCGUAUCUGUUCGUCAUUGCCGUAAAUGUGUUGUCACGAAUGUUAAACAAGGGAGCUCUCUCUCAGCAAUUUGGGUUCCAUCCUCACUGCAGGAAGGUAAAUCUUACUCACCUGAGUUUUGCGGAUGAUCUUAUGAUUUUCACAGAUGGUGCAGUGGAGUCCCUUAAGGGGAUAUUCGAAAUUCUAACUGAGUUUGAAGGUCUCUCCGGUCUGGUUAUAAACCCGGCAAAAUCCUCUAUCUUCAUGGCUGGCCGGAUUAGUCAGGAGUUCAAGGACGAGGCUCAUCGACAUGGUAUUCCUACUGAUUCCCUACCGGUGCGAUAUCUAGGACUGCCACUCACCACGAAAACAAUGACCAAAGCAGACUACGAGCCACUCAUUGAUCAGAUUCGUACUCGAAUGGUUUCGUGGUCGAGUAGAUGCCUCUCAUAUGCGGGUCGUUUACAGCUUGUAAAAACGGUCAUUGGGAACAUUACAAAUUUCUGGUGCUCGGUAUUUCGACUACCAAAGACCUGUCUCAAUACAAUCGAGGGGAUGUGUGCUGCUUUUCUAUGGUCUGGAUCACCGAAUACACACACAAAGGCAAAGGUUGCGUGGGAGGAUAUUUGCCGACCAACAGAUGAGGGCGGUUUGGGUAUUAGACGACUAACGGAUACUUCAAGGGUCUUCGCUCUAAGUUUGAUUUGGAGGUUACUCACAAACUCUGGUUCUUUGUGGGUGGCUUGGACGAAGGCUUACUUGUUAAAAACUCAUAGUUUCUGGGAUACCAAUGGCAACAACCACGCAGGAUCUUGGAUUUGGCGAAAACUCCUGAAGCUCAGGGACCAAGCAGCACCUUUCAUGAAAUCGGAGAUAGGAAAUGGUAAGGGUACCCUAUUCUGGUAUGACAACUGGUUACCGGUGGGUAGACUUAUUGAUAUUGCAGGUGCUUUAGGAACGCAAGUGUUAGGCAUCCCCCGCUAUGCAACCGUCUCAGACGCUGCCUCUGGGGGACAAUGGAACAUACGUCGGUGUCGAGGCUAUCACCUACGGGCGAUGAUAGCCUGCAUCAACUCUGUUCCAGCUCCAGCGGAGGAUGCGGAUGAGGAUAGGACUCUAUGGCGUCACGGAGAUGGAGAAUACAAAGAGAAAUUUUCGAGCACGGCAACAUGGGAGCAAUUACGGGGUUCAAACUCCAAAUUACAAUGGUGUAAAGUUGUUUGGUUCCGACAAAGCAUCCCACGAUUUUCUUUCAUCACUUGGUUGGCUUUUAAGGAUAGGUUGGCGACAGGAGCGAGAACAAGAGCUUGGGGUAUUGUUCAACCUUGCCUCCUAUGUGGAGAACCGGACGAAACUCGCGACCACCUAUUCUUCGCAUGCCCUUUUUCCUUUACGGUUUGGCUCGACCUAGUGGGGUUCAUACUGGGACCAAAUGCAAAUCCUGACUGGACAAUAACUAUCAACUCCAUCACCUCUAAUCGAAGGAAAGAGACGGACAGAUGCUUGUUGAAGCUUGCCCUCCAGGCAAGCAUUCAUAGCAUAUGGCGUGAGCGGAACAGCAGGAGACACAACAACAAUCCUACCAGCACUGGACAGAUGGUUCACUACAUCGACAAAACAAUUAGAAACAGGUUAUCUUCCCUCAGGCAAAGAAAUCCUACCUUCUAUGCCGAAACAAUGCAGAGAUGGUUCGAAAGGACAUCUUAAUUGCAAUUUUUUAAAGCUUUCUUUAUCCAU